AUGACUGGCGAUAAAGAAAUACGCUUGCUUAUCUUGGAGCCGGGUGCACGCGAGGAUCCAUUGGAAUGCGAGCUGGUCAACGCUGAGCUAUCCUGGAGGACCAGAUUCGAGGCUCUGUCAUACGCCUGGGGAGACGAUAUCACCGAACACGAGCUCAAAUGUUCUGGACACAUUAUCGGUGUCAUGGCUAACCUUCAUGACGCCCUGUUGGACUUGCGGCUUCCAACACAAAGGCGCGUUCUGUGGGUUGAUGCCCUCUGUAUCAACCAGGCCGAUAACGACGAAAAGUCCAAACAGAUCAGACUUAUGCAUGAGAUCUACUCCCAGGCCUAUGAAGUUCUCAUCUAUCUCGGAAAAUCAGAUGCCUCGGUGCAUGUUCAAAUAUUGGCAUGGCAAGCUUUUUUGUGGAGAGGUGGAUGA